AUGGCAGCCCCGACAGACGAGAUCAAAGAUCCUCUUGAGAAAUGGCUUGCAGGAACAACGCGCCAGAAGAGCCAACGGCCCCUGCGAGGCGUCUCGUUUACCGAUGUGGACGUGAACGGGUUCACUGAGCCCACCCUAUUUCAGCAUACGUUCGCUACAUAUAUCCUAUGUCUCCCAGUAUUUAUCAAGGCUCCAUUGGGAAUUAGCCAGCGGCAGAAGAUCCAGAUUCUGCGAAACUUGGAUGGCGUGGUCCGUCCCGGAGAGAUGCUCCUGGUGCUGGGACGCCCAGGAAGUGGCUGCACGACCUUUCUCAAGACAAUUGCUGGUGAUGUUUAUGGGCUAGACAUCGAUGGAAUCGACAGGAUUCCUUUCUCGGACAUGCACCACAAAUUCCGAGGGGACAGCAUCUAUCUAGCCAAAAAUGACAUCCAUUUCCCUGGGCUGUCGUUGGAGGAAACGCUGUCCUUCGCGGCAGAUAUGAGACCUCAUCAGAUGAGUCGCAGCGAGAUCGGUUUGGCGACAGCCAGUAUCUUCGGGCUAGAGGGAUCACUGCAGACACAGGUCGGCAAUGACAUUGUUCGAGGACUCAGUAGGGGCGAGAAACGACGAACGCGUAUGGCAGAAGCCUUCCUUGGGAGAUGA